GCCCGGCUGCUGCGGAGCACGGGGGAGGUCUGGGAGCGGGAACAUCCUUGCCCUUGUGUCUUCCAAGCCAGAGGCUCUCUCGCCCUCCUACACGGAAUGGAGUAAGGGCACAGAGUAGUGUUAGGAACCUCCGGCUCGGGUGGACACCUAAGGUGGCGUGAAGCCCCCAGAAAAGACGGAGCUGGGGAAGAUGGGGGAGCUCCCCCGGUAACAGCUUUUGUGAAGGGUGGAGGGUUGGGGGGAUGGAAUAGAUGGGUCGUUGGUGGAGGAAGUUAGGAGAGCUAGGAGAUUCCGAAAUCACCUUGGGUAGUGCUGGGGUUCCACUGAUCUCUUCGAGGCUCUGGAUGCUUUGACACCCAGUAGUAUUUCAGGGAUUCUCUCUCUCUAGGUUCAGCUCUUGAGCCCGCGGGGCUGAAAAAUAACAACCAAAUGUUUUCUCUUUUCUGAACGCGAAGAGUAGGAAGCUCAGCCAUUCAACUGGCGUAUCCCCUUCCCCCUGGGGAGUUCGGGGGGGGGGGGUGCGGGGAAAUGUCUCAGUCUAGGGCGGGGCCGAAGGAGCUGGGGGCCGGGGGCGGAGUGUCCUCCUUGAAUGCAAAAUGCUCUUUUCCUAAGUUGGCGAGCCCGGUUUCGACCCACAAAUAUAAGUGGUGACUGUGGCCGUGGUGACCACUGGGGAAAGAGGGAGGGAGAGAAGGCGUGCGUCGAGAGCAGAUUCUGACUGUCCCCACCGUCAUGUGUGUGGGACUCAAGAGGGACCCGAGAUGGGUGGGUAGUAACCUUGUUUCUCCCUUCCCAAGCAAUAUGCAGACGUGAGGGGCCCAGUCACCUCUACAGGGCACAGUGAUUCUGCCGCCUAGGCCCUCCCCGUCAGACAAGUUGUCAUUCGUUCAUUCAUUCAUUCACUCAUUCAUUAGUUCCUCUAAGCCCAGGCUCCAGGCACCCAGACCGUCUUUAGCGGAGUGUGAAGAAGCUUGGAGUUGAGAGGCUGGGGCGUGGGGGUCGGGGAGGAAGAAAGAGGAAGGAGAAAAAACAGUCUCACCAUGGGGCACAAUGAAAGCUGGAUCCCCCGGGACGUCAGUGACCAAGGCUUCCCCCGAGCUUUAGGGCCACAUAAUGGGUCCAGUGCUGAGGCCGUCUGGACCAAUCAAAGCUCCCUUGGGGUCAGCACCUUGGAAAGCGGAGUGGAUAGUGAGGCUCAGACCUAUCGGCAUUUCACCACAACCGUGCAAAUUGUCAUCUUCAUUGGCUCUUUACUAGGAAACUUCAUGGUGUUGUGGUCGACCUGCCGCACAACUGUGUUCAAAUCUGUCACCAACAGGUUCAUUAAAAACCUGGCCUGCUCGGGGAUCUGUGCAAGUCUGGUGUGCGUGCCUUUUGACAUCGUCCUCAGCGCUAGUGCCCACUGCUGUUGGUGGAGUUACACCAUGCUCUUUUGCAAGGUGGUGAAGUUCUUACACAAAGUGUUCUGUUCCGUGACCAUCCUCAGCUUUCCUGUCAUUGCUUUGGACAGAUACUACUCAGUCCUAUACCCAUUAGAGAGAAAAAUCUCUGAUGCCAAGUCCCGUGAGCUGGUGAUAUACAUCUGGGCCCAUGCAGUGGUGGCUAGCAUUCCUGUGUUUGCCGUGACCAACGUAGCUGACAUUUAUGCCAUGUCCACCUGCACGGAUGCCUGGAACUAUAACCUGGGUCAUCUGUUGUAUGUCCUGAUCUAUAACGUCACCACUGUCAUCUUGCCCGUGGCCAUGGUCUUCCUCUUCAUGAUUCUCAUUCGCCGGGCCUUGAGUGCCAGCCAGAAGAAGAAGGUGAUCAUCGCAGCCCUCCGGACGCCCCAGAACACCAUCUCCAUCCCCUAUGCUUCCCAGAGGGAGGCUGAGCUGCACGCCAUGCUGCUGUCCAUGGUGACUAUAUUCAUCUUCUGCAGCGUGCCCUACGCCACCUUGGUCGUCUACAGGGCUGUGCUCAAUGUCUCCGAUACGUCAGUCUUCCUGCUGCUCACUGCCAUCUGGCUGCCCAAAGUGUCUCUCCUGGCCAAUCCCGUUCUCUUCCUGACUGUAAACAAAUCUGUCCGCAAGUGCUUGAUGGGAACCUUGGUGCAACUUCACCGCCGAUAUAGUCGCCGCAAUGUGGUGAGCUCUGGAAGCGGGGUCCCCGACGGGGCCCUGGAACCCAGCGUGCGCUCGGGUAGCCAGCUCCUGGAGAUGUUCCAUAUUGGGCAGCAGCAGAUCUUCAAGGCCACAGAGGAUGAGGAGGAGAAUGAGAUCAAGUCCAUUAGCUCCAGUGACUACCAGGUGAAGGAAAUCCCUGCCGACCGCCUGGAGGCAGAGCAAGAGCUACACAGUGCCUCUCUGCCCGCACCGCCAGGCACAGUAGAUUCUCUGGGUCACGGAGUGCUGGCAAUGGCUGCCGAGGUCGAGGCGGCUCCUGAAAAAUAUUCCCUGCAGUUUGGCUUUGGACCUUUUGAGCUGCCUCCCCAGUGGCUCUCAGAGAACCGAAACAGCAAGAAAAGGUUGCUUCCUCCCCUGGGGAACACUCCCGAGGAACUGAUCCAGACCAAGUUGACUAAGCCGGGGAAGGUGGAGCGGAAGAUGAGUAGGAACAACAAAGUCAGCAUCUUUCCCAAAGUGGAUUCUUAGCAAGGGCUGGAGCCUUCUUGAGCUUGGCCGUAUUGUGCGAUCCCAUGGAUCGGCGUCGCCAUCUCUUAGGGGCUGUGUGUGUGUGUGUGUGUGUGUGUGUGUGUGUGUGUGUGUGUGUGUGUGUGAGCGCGUGUGCCACGUACAGAGAUGGGAAAGGGAAACAUAUAUCAAAGUAUUCUUAUUUUUUUAUCUAUGUCUCUGUGUCCCCAGUGUUAACGGUAAAGUUCACAUUCUACUUUGUGGAAACUACAACCUUCCCUUCCCUCCAUAUUCACGUCCCCGGGACUUCUCGUCCUCUCCACCAUUUUCCCCUGGGAGGUUGAGACCUACGGAAACCCAGCCGAAGCCACCAGCUGUCUGAAGGAAGCCCAAGACACCUGUGCAUAAUAGAGCCAGGACCAAUUGUUUCAUUCCCUCAAGAAGAGCCGAUUUCAACUGUUAAGCCUCUCUUUUUUGUUGUUUUUGUUUUAAUGUUUUCUAGUCCCUUUUCUUCCUAGGAAGCUAAACCAUUCUAAAUGACAGCUCGCAAUGAUUCUUUGGUACUAACACUGUGCUCUAAGGAAGGGAUUUAGAAUCCUUCCCAGUCUUACACAUAUGGAAAAUCAAGUACUCACCAUUUCUGGUUGGGGGAAAGGUUUACCACCUAGAGCUUAAGUUUCACGGAACUCUCCUUUAGGCUACACAGUCAGUACCAGAGAGAAGAUACGGAACUGUAAGAUGUUUCAGGCUACCCACCUAUUCUCUCCCAUCUCUACCUUUUGUUGGAGCAUCAGUAACUAAGAGGCAGCUGGGACCAAAGAGCUGUUCUGAGAACCAGUAAGACCUGAGUUCAAGUCCUUCCUCUGACAUCAGUUCUGGUGGGCUCUCUCUGGGCAAAUCACAAUCUUUCAGUGUUCUAGGUAAUUUACUAAGACUAUAAGAGGAAGAGAACUUGCCAACUGGUUUUGAGAAGAAGGAGUCUCCUCAUCUGAGAGUUCCUUUUACUACUGUGCUAAUCUCAGGUGUAUUCUUUAUCAGUAAUCCAGAGGUACAUUACAAAACUUCAGAGCUAGGGACCAAGAGAGACUGAGAAGAAAGGAAAAGUGCCCAAGACAUUAGUUUUUCUUUUCUUUUCUUUUCUUUUCUUUUCUUUUCUUUUCUUUUCUUUUCUUUUCUUUUCUUUUCUUUUCUUUUCUUUUCUUUUCUUUUCUUUUCUUUUCUUUUCUUUCUUUUCUUCCUUCUCUUUCUUUCUUUCUUUCUUUCUUUCUUUCUUUCUUUCUUUCUUUCUUUCUUUCUUUCUUUCUUUCUUUCUUUCUUUCUUUCUUUCUUUCUUUCUUUCUUUCUUUCUUUCUUUCUUUCAUAAAAACCCUUACUUUCCUUCUUGGAAUCAAUGAUGUGUAUUGUUUCUAAGGCAGAAGAGUGGUAAGGGCUAAGCAAUGGGGAUUAAGUGACUUGCCCAAGGUCACACAGCUGGGAAGUGUCUGAGGUCAAAUUCAAACCCAGGACCUCCCAUCUCUAGGCCUGGCUCUCAAUCUCACCCAGCUGCCCCACCCUUUUUCUUUUUCUUACCCUACUAAGUGAACUGUGCCAGAUGAAAACCAGUAAGAGUAAAAGUGUGUUAAAGAGGGGCAGGUAGGUAGCACAGUGGAUAAAGCCCAGGGUCUGGAGUUGGGGAGACUUGGAUUCAAAUCUGAACUCAGGUAUUUUCUAGCUGUAUGACCCUGGGCAAGUCGCUUAACCCUGUUUACCUAGCCCUUACCCUUCUGUCUUAGAGUUCUUAGAGUUGUUAUUGAGACAGAAAGUUAAGGGGGUUUUUAUUUAUUUUUUAUUUUUUUAUUUAAUUAUUAAGGGUUUUUAAAAGUACAUUAAAGAGAUGUAAAUGGGUUCUCUCUUUAAUUUUUUUUAACAUAGAACACAUUUCUUUUGGAAAUCAUAUGACUAUUUUUGCCCAACUCCCUGUAAGCCAGAUUCUUUGGAAAAUUAAUCUGAAAUGAAUGAGAAGCUGAAGCACCUGUUUCCAAAGUUUGCUUCUCUCAGAUGAAUUUCUAGUGUGAGUCUCCAGGAAGUUCCUGGAAGAAGGACACCUCUUCUAAUGACUUGUACCAAUGAAAUCAAAUUUACCUGAAAAAAGAGGCAACCAAAUCUCCACUAUCCUAGGCCUCUAGACUCUUGCUGAAGGUAAGGGAAGUGAGCUCAUUCUUGUUCUUGUACAUGGGAGCACCAAGUUAAAUCUCCAUCCUUGCACACACCCUGUGCCUAGAUUCUAAAUUUAUUGGGUUCUCCUGCCUUCCCUUUUCUGAUCAGAGAAUCCCACCUGCUCUUCAGUGGGGAUCCAGACCCUCCUUGGGGUUCCCUCCCAUCUUUCCUUCAAUUAAUUGUAUCUUCAUAUGUAUUUUAAGUGUAAGUUUCCAGUUAUUACAUUUUGUAAGACCCCUAUUCUUUACCAUCAUGGUAAAAACCUUUAUUUGGUUGCAGGUAAUAUUCCUUAGUUACCUCUCCUUGUGUGUUGUGUCACCCCUGGUGUGGUUGACCUAAAGCACAAAUAGCGACUGUUAAAUACUCUCUCGAGGUUUAUACUGCUACUCCCUCUGUGCAUGACAGACCCUCCAUCUAUAACUUUUUGCCAGUGUAUUUAAUGUGUUCCUUACAGUGUAGCUUUCAAAAACACGCAGUCAUGACAACUUUUAUUUAAAACAAAAACAAGUGGGAAGUUUUGCCUCGUUUACACAAGUUUUCCAAACAUGGACACUUCUGUGUUGUUUUGAACAAAUAUAUGGACAUUAUAAAGUCUGCUGAGGCAGGGCAUAUUUCUUAGAUAUUUCUGAAGCAAAUGGAUGGCUUCUGACAGAUCAAUGCAGAGUGAAUUUCUAUGACUUAAAGACUAACAUUUUAAUAAAAAAUAUAAACAGCCAUUUAUAAACUCAA